GAGUAUCCAAAUUAAAUGUAAUUUCAAGAGAAGGAAAGAAAAAAAACUCAAGUGGGUCUUUGAAAAAAGGCCAUUAUCACUCUCUCUUGAGCUUAAACGUCUGAUUCUGAUUGUUUCCCUUAUCACAUACGCAAGAAGAAAGUGAUCAAUAAGUUCUUGGAAUGGGAAAAUAAAGCCGUGUGAGAUUGCAAUUUGGAGCAGUUAUCAAUAAGCAAUUAAUGAAGGCUAAAGGCGGUGGACAGUUGAUUUAGAGGAGAUUUGGGGACGAAAGCUUUCUCAAACAGGGGAAAAUGGGGUUCUCUCUGUUUUCUUCUCCUUUUGUUCAUCCUCAGCUUAAACAGAUUGUGGCUAAGAUGACUCUUCUGGAUACUCUAUUGUUUUAUGUAGUUCAUUUUGUGGACAAGCUUGGGUUGUGGCAUAGAAUGCCAGUGUUUAUAGGGCUUGCUUAUUUGGGGAUUAGAAGACAUUUACAUCAGCGUUAUAAUUUGUUGCAUGUUGGAUCUAUGUACGGCCAAAAGUAUGAUCAUCAACAGUUCUGCUACAGAACGGCUGAUGGAAGUUGUAAUCACCCUUUUGAUAGUUUGGUUGGUAGCCAGGGAACUCUCUUUGGCCGCAACAUGCCUCCAUCAAAUUCUCCUUAUGGGGUACUUGAUCCUCAUCCAUCAGUGGUGGCCACAAAGCUAUUGGAAAGGAAGAACUACAUUGAUAAUGGCAAGCAAUUCAAUAUGAUUGCUUGCUCAUGGAUACAGUUCAUGAUUCAUGACUGGAUUGAUCAUUUGGAGGAUACCAAACAGGUAGAACUUACAGCUCCUGAGGAAGUUGCAAAUGGUUGUCCUUUGAAGUCAUUCAAGUUCUUUAGGACCAAGGUGGUUUCAACAGAUUCCCCUUACCUCGAGACCGGCACUCUAAACACAAGAACACCUUGGUGGGAUGGAAGUGUAAUAUAUGGCAACAAUGAGGAGGGGAUGAGGAGAGUAAGGACAUUCCAAGAUGGAAAAAUGAAGAUUACAGGAGAUGGGCUUCUUGAGCAUGAUGAAAAAGGCAUUCCCAUCUCUGGAGAUGUUCGAAAUUGCUGGGCUGGAUUUUCCCUCUUACAAGCACUAUUUGUCAAGGAGCAUAAUGCUGUAUGUGAUAUGCUAAAAGAGCAUUACCCGGACUUCGACGAUGAGCAGCUUUAUAGGCAUGCCAGAUUGGUGACUUCAGCUGUAAUAGCUAAAAUCCACACCAUUGAUUGGACUGUGGAACUUUUAAAGACUGAAACUCUUCUAGCAGGAAUGAGAAUUAACUGGUAUGGAUUUCUGGGAAAGAAGUUUAAGGAUACGUUUGGACACAUUUGUGGACCGAUACUCAGUGGAUUGGUUGGUCUAAAGAAGCCACGAGAUCAUGGAAUUCCUUAUUCUCUAACAGAAGAGUUUGCAAGCGUCUACCGAAUGCAUUGUCUUCUACCUGACAAAUUAGUUAUCAGGGACUUGAAGUCCACCAACUCAGAUUAUAGUGACCCUCCUGUCGUUGAAGAGGUGCCCAUGGAGGAAUUGGUGGGAAAAGAAGGUGAGAAAAGGCUAGCAAAAUUAGGAAUGGAACAAAUGUUGGUGUCAAUGGGUCAUCAAGCAUGUGGAGCGCUCUCUCUCUGGAACUAUCCAUCAUGGAUGAGAAAACUUAUUGCCCACGAUGUCGACGGGGAUGACAGACCAGAUCCAGUCGACAUGGCUGCCAUGGAAAUCUUCAGGGACCGAGAGAGGGGUGUUGCGAGAUACAACGAGUUUCGCAGGAAUUUAUUAAUGAUCCCCAUAAGCAAAUGGAAAGAUUUAACAGAUGAUAUAGAAGUUGUGACUGCCCUUGAAGAGGUGUAUGGAAAUGAUGUUGAGAAGUUAGAUCUACUUGUUGGAUUACAUGCUGAGAAGAAGAUUAAAGGGUUUGCAAUCAGUGAGACUGCCUUUUUCAUUUUCCUCCUCAUUGCUUCAAGGAGGCUGGAGGCCGAUCGAUUCUUUACGACAAAUUACAACUCGAAAACCUACACAGAGGAAGGCCUAGAAUGGGUAAACAAGACAGAGACACUGAAGGAUGUAAUUGAUAGGCAUUUCCCUGACAUGACAAAAAGAUGUAUGAGAUGUUCAAGUGCAUUCUCUGUCUGGGAUUCUUUGCCAAACCCAAAAAACUACAUUCCCCUGUAUCUCAGGCCAGCAACUUGAAUAAUUUCUGUCUUUCACCUAACUUUUUUUAGGAUGGACAUGCAUAAAAUGUAUCUACUACUUCAGAUAAGCAGACAAUAUGCAAUUAUAUGUAUGUACAUACAUAUUGAGGUUGCGUUUCGUUGUUUAUGUAUAAAACUAAAUUAAAUAUUUGUUUUGUAAGCAGUUAAAUGCCAAUGAGAAGUAUAAGAAGCAGACUCUUAAAAAAUAA